ACACUGAAGGCUUCUCGGGCACCGUACAUUCGCGGAAGUUGUCAAAACAUUAUUUAGUAGAAAGGAUGGGAGAAUCAUCUAAAUAAAAGUACAGGAAAAUUGUGUUUUCGUUAAUUCCUAUCAUUCCUCUUUAGUCCAGGCCUUUCAACAUGGACGAUGAAUGGGAAGAGGAGGAGCAGCUUGUUGUGGUGGAGAUCUCUGGUAUAAUCAACAAUGACUUCCUGUCCAAGUGUCGGGGCACAUGCAAGAUACUGGAUAUUGACAGCGAGAAGCCCAUGAUGCAGGUUGGACAAUAUGUGUUUGCAGGGGAAUAUGAAGACGCUUUGGGAACUUGUGUGCUGUUUGAGGAGGGACCACAGAAAGGAAAAGCAGACAGUGGGCCAGAACUCAAGUACAUGUGCCACACCGUAAAGAAACUGAUGAUGCAACGAAUCUUCCUCACUGAGAAGAAAGGGGGUGAAACCAGCACAGGAAGUGGUGAUAGUGGUGAACAGUCAAAUCAAGAAGAAAAUACCAACCAACAGGGAGAGACAGAAGAAGAUAUGCACAACACAGAUUUGGAAGACUCUGCAGACGGCUGAGAAAUAUAUGCUUUAUUAGGCUAUAUGAUGACCUGCCUGUACAAGCACCAGCAUUUGAGAGGCUGUGAGGGACUCCGUGUCUGAAACAUACAAUUCAAAGAUUGGAUUUAUACAGUUCAGCAAUAAUAAGAAAUGUCAGUAUUACUGUCUUGCACAAUCUGUCACAAUCCUUUGCCAGAAACAUAUAAUGCCUCUUCUUCACUGAGCAUCGCAAAUCUGUGAAUUUAAUAUUUGAUAUAUAACAUCAUUGUGGCUAAAUGACACCUAAAAGGAAAAAAGGCUUUUACAAAUUGUCAUGUAAAUCCAUUCAGAUCCACAUAGGAGGGUUCCUGGGAAGGGCAGUUACAGAAAUGUGGUGAGAGCCCUCAGUUUAGCAGCAGGAAGUCCUGUCAUUGUGCUUCUCAUAUACCAUCAUUUUGUGUUUCAACUGAUCAUGAUGAAUAUUUAACCAGCAGAGGGAGAGAAAUCUGCUUGAGCUGCAAGGUUAUAGUAGAGAUGUGCUCAUUGGAGAAUGAGCCAUUUAUACAUUUAAAGAAGUGAGAAGAGUGCAUGACUUGAAAAUAUGAAGUCCCUAUUUUUCUGUUUUGUGAUUAAGUGGGUUUAUCGGCACUACUAUGACUAUUGAUUUACAGUGUUAAAGCCAAAAGAAAUAAAGGCUUUUAAUUUGCUCAUUAAAUGAAUUGGGCUCACUGAAAACUUACCAUCUUUAUUUUUUGAGUGUAGGUCAUAUUGUGCUUUUUUUGUUUUUGUGGGGAUUUUGUAUUUGGUUACAUAGCAAUGCCUGUUGAUCAGGCAAAGUUGCUUUUAGAUUUUUAUUAACUGUAAAUCAGUAAAAUAAAUGAAUAAUUUCUACUGCA